GCCGCGGCUGUGACCCCGGAAGCGGUCUUGGGAGGCCGAGACGGCAAGAUGGCGGCGCGGGCAGCGCUGGGCUCCAUGUGCCGGCGUCUGUGGCAGGGUUCAAGGAAUUUUUCUAUAAAUAGUUCUAAGAGCAGUACAGCCAGAAAUGGUGGCUUUCUCCUCAGUACCAGCAUGAAAUGGGUACAGUUUUCAAGCCUACAUGUUGAUAUUCCCAAGGAUUUGACUAAGCCUACGAUAACCAUUUCUGAUGAACCAGAUACAUUAUAUAAGCGCCUGUCAGUUUUAGUAAAAGGCCAUGAUAAGGCUGUAUUGGACAGUUAUGAAUAUUUUGCCGUGCUUGCUGCAAAAGAACUUGGUAUCUCUAUUAAAGUACACGAACCUCCAAGGAAAAUAGAACGAUUUACUCUUCUCAAAUCAGUACAUAUUUUCAAGAAGCACAGAGUUCAGUAUGAAAUGAGAACACUUUACAGAUGUUUAGAGUUAGAACAUCUAACUGGAAGUACAGCAAAUGUCUAUUUGGAAUAUAUUCAGCGAAACUUACCUGAAGGAGUUGCCAUGGAAGUGACAAAGACAAAAUUAGAACGGUUACCAGAACACAUCAAGGAGCCAGUCUGGGAAAUGGUACCAGAAGAAAAAGCAGAAGGCAAGUCCUAACGUCUCAGCAAGUCCACUGGUGCUGGCAUUUGACCCGAGGGUGGGUCGGACAUGUAUGUUGAGAUAGAAAGGCUUCCAGUUGGGAUGACUGUGAGUCUACCUGACUGCUCUCUUGAGCCCACAUGAGCCUACCACAUGCCCUGAUCAGCUCAAAGCAAGGGGUGGAACUUUAAUGACACACUGGACUAUAGUGAAAAACCACUGUACCUGUUCUAUACACAUCAUCAUUUCAGGUCUGAUUUUAACAAAUGUGAGCAAAACACUUUGACUACCAUCUGUAAAAAGAAUCGAGUCUAUAUUUUGUUAUUCUGUUAUUGGUCAAUUACUAGUUUGCACUGAUUUUAAUUUGUAUCAUUUCAUUCAUCUGAACGUGAAUGUUUGAAAUACUCCUUACGCACAUUUUCUCUUUUGAGGUACCUGGAAGGAACCUUCGGUUAUUUUGGUUCAUUUAACACUGAACAGUUAAAGUUCUUCAUAUUUACCUCAGUGCAAGCUGGGAAAUGCUAGUUGGGGGAUGGUAACCUCCAGUUUUACCUCAUUUAAGCAUGACAUUCUUGAAAACUAAUACACUGUGCUGCAGCAGAUCAUGCACGUUUGCGGCAUGCACUGAACUCUUUGUUGCCCAAACCCUUACUUACCAGGUUGCCUAGAAGGAUCACUGUUAAGGAAUUUGAGCUCUCGAGAAAUUACUGUAUCACCUUUUAUAUCCUGUGAUUCAUUCAUUCAGGAAGCUUUUCUUUUGUUCUGUAACCAGCACUGCAGAAAAUACCAAACAUUGAAUGGAAGUAAUGGCUUUUGAAAACUGUGCAGGGCACAGAUAAAUAUUUUUCCUUAUUAAGUCCCACAUUAUAAGGCCUCUUUCUUUUGGUAAAUAGCAUUCUUUUUGUUUGGAGAUGGCUACUUUUCCAUGAAAUUAAAUCGGAGUGAAGGCCCCGAAAGAGGCAAGGCUGCAGUGUGCUGAAACUGCCAAUGCAUCAACCGCCAGGGAGCGAUUCAUUUCCUUUUUACAGCACAAUCGUAUCCAUGUCUUUUGUGGUUUCUUCAUCUGUGGGGUAGUUAUGCCUUCUCAUUUUUUCCCCCCAUAAACUGGAGUCGGAGUCCCGGUUCUCUUUUCCCUGACCUACUAUCAGGUAUCAGUGUUUUGAAUGCAUACUGCUUGUGCAUCAGACUUACAGUACUGUCAUUAACAAGAAAAGAGUUAUAGCCUUGUGCCCCAUGACCUCAUUCAGUUCAUUCACAAAUGCCUAAAGCACACUUAUCCCAGGUAUAAGCCUCGGGAUUAAGAACUAGUCAAUAAAACAAGAGCGAUAUAAUGGAACUAUAUCUAGCAAAGCGGCCAUCAGUGACCAUUUUUACUUUAAAAGAAAUAAUUCCUUGAAUACAGAUCUACAUCUAAGCUUUUUUUCUUUACAAACAAUAUUAAUCACCAUAUCAUAAGAUGAUUUAUGCAAACUUGCCUCCAUUGACUCUCCAUGUGAGCUCUUUUAAAGGGGCAUCUACUUUGAGUUGUUUUCACAUUAAACCAGAUUACUUAGCACUACAUGUUAAUAUCUUGUUUUAAGGUAAAUAUACAAAUAAACUACAUUCACAACAAAAA